UGAACCGGGACAUGCCGAGCAAUUUGGCAUCACGGAACCGAUAUCUGUUGAACCCCCAACUGUAAGUGAUCUCAAGCAGACUAAGUCGUUAUUGAAGCUCCUGGACGAGAGCGAUAUAUUCGAAUCGCCCAAGGAAGAGCAGCUUAGGUAUGUAUGA